CAACGCCCUCAAGCCACAAAAAUCCAAAGCAUAGAAUAUUUUAAAACAAAUCCAACUUUUAAUUUCAAAGUCAACUCUCACCAUUUAUCUUCUUCUCUCCCGAGCACCUACAACCUCUCUCUCUCUGUCUCUCUCUCUUCACCUCCAAAUCAUGAACUUUCAACUUCAACCCUUUUAACCUCCUCUGCUUCUCCUCUUCCCUCUCCUACGCAGAAACGAGAAAAGAACAUUCAUUCUUUCUCUCUCUCCGAAUGGGAAACGGAAUCGGAAAGCUCAGCCUCUGCUUCGCCGGAGACGCCGGCGAGAUUUCCCGGCGGAGAAAUGACAUCGCCGUCUGUCUGUCCGAGCCUCUCGACGAGGGCUUGGGCCACUCUUUCUGCUACAUACCCUCCGAGAAUCUCCAAAAAUCCCAAUCCUUGGAUGAUCCCGCUGCCCCAUACACGCCGGCCUUCCGCACCAUAUCGGGCGCCGCCAUCUCCGCCAACACCUCCACGCCGCUCUCCACCGACCCUUUCGCCUACACCACUCUCGACAAAGCCUCCACCUUCGAAAGCUCCAAUUUUUUCUCCUCCAUCCCACUCCAACCAAUUCCCAAGAACUCACUUCACACAGUCAAGUCGGGCCCCAUUAUCAGAACUUCGGGCUCGGGCCCCAUGGACCGCGGCUUCUUGUCCGGCCCGAUCGAGCGGAGCUUCAUUUCCGGGCCGUUGGAUAACCAGUUUGAUCAGCUGCACAGGUACAGGCCUAAAUCCAAAAAAUUGGCUCUGGUUAAAAAUUUCAAGAAGGUGAUAUCUAAAUCUUUUUGGAGUUUCUAUAGGGAGAUUAGUUCUAGUGAGAGAGAGAAUAAUAAUGGUGUUAUUAGUGGGACUAACAGUGGGAAUAGCAGCACAAUUACUAGUCAUAAUUUGAGUAGUGAGAUGAGCUUGGUUGAUGAGAAUGAUGAUGCUGGAAAUGAAUGUUUUGGGAGUCAAAAUCUGCAGUGGGCUCAAGGGAAAGCUGGUGAGGAUAGAGUGCAUAUUGUGAUAUCUGAGGAAAAUGGAUGGGUUUUUGUAGGGAUUUAUGAUGGAUUCAAUGGCCCUGAUGCUACUGACUUUCUCUUGAACAAUCUCUAUGCCAAUGUGUAUAAGGAGCUUAAAGGGUUGCUGUGGUUUGAUCGAGGCGAAUCUUGCGAGACCACGGCUAACAGCUCUUCCUUUCUCUCCAGGAGUAUGGAGGGUAAGGAGAGGGUGGAGCUUGACAGGAAGUUAAGGGAGAGGUUGAGCUAUUUGGGAUGUGAAGGUGCUGUUGAUCAUUCACUUGUUCUCAAAGCGUUGUCCGAGGCGUUGAGGAAGACAGAGGCCUCGUAUUUGGAGAUUGCAGAUAUGAUGUUGGUGGAGAAUCCUGAGUUAGCUUUGAUGGGAUCGUGUGUUCUGGCAAUGGUGAUGAAGGGAGACGACGUUUAUGUGAUGAACGUAGGGGAUAGUAGGGCGGUUUUAGCGCAAAGAAGUGAUAGUGAAUCUCAACUUGUGAAGAAGAAGGAUUAUGAUGAAUCAGUGUAUGGUUAUGAAUAUGAUAGUGUGCAGUAUCUGAGUGCUUCUCAGCUCACAAUGGAUCAUUCGACUUCAGUGAGAGAGGAGGUGAGGAGGAUUAGGUAUGCACAUCUAGAUGAUGCCUUUGCAGUGGUGAACAACAGGGUGAAAGGCUCCCUCAAGGUCACCCGUGCUUUCGGGGCUGGCUUUCUCAAGCAGCCCAAGUGGAACAAUGCACUCCUUGAGAUGUUUAGGAUUGAUUAUAUAGGAACAUCACCCUACAUCACAUGUUCACCAUUCCUUUGCCACCACAGGCUACAACACACAGACAAAUUCUUGAUCUUGUCCUCUGAUGGCCUCUACCAAUACUUCACCAACGAGGAGGCCGUCUCUGAGGUUGAAACGUUCAUGUCAAUGUUCCCCGAGGGAGAUCCGGCUCAACAUCUUGUUGAAGAGGUCUUGGUCCGCGCUGCUAAGAAAGCCGGAAUGGAUUUCUACGACUUGCUUGAAAUCCCACAAGGGGAACGGAGGAGGUACCACGACGAUGUCUCAAUCAUCAUCAUUUCUCUCCAAGGGAAAUACGGCGUUCAUCACUGUAACUUCUAGCUAUGCACACAAACACAAGAGGGUGUUGAUAGUUGUAGCAUAAGAUUAGGUUACAUUUUCAACCUAGGAUAGAAGACACAGUGUGAUGUGGGGGAGUGUAAAUGCUUAUAACCCCCAAAGGUUUUUGCCCUUUUUCUUGAAAUGUUAUACGUUUUUGUACAUUUGUGGUGCUUACUUGAGGACUGGUUUAUUCUUCAAGAAGUGCCAUUCAUAGAAUAUCUCAAAUUCUUUUGUUCUUUUCCA